GGAGCUUCAACAAGUGGAGCCUGGCUGGAGCUGGCGCGCUUGGCAAAGGCAGCCCUUGAAAGUUGGGCUGGCCGCGAGCGAGCGAGCACGGAGCCCCUUGGCGUCAGCCUCUCCUUCGCCGGCUCGCAGCAGCCAGGAAACAUUUGCAAGGCGGGCACUAGACCGUGGGGGGAAGUUUAGCCCCGGAGGACCCCCGGCCGGGUCGGGUCGCGGAGUCCAGAAACUUCUGGGGGAAUCAUGAGCAGAAAUCAUGCGCGGGAACCGGGAUGUCACCUUCGACAGGUGACAUCUGGUUGCCGUUAACAAAAGGGAGAAGCCGAGCAAAGGCGAGGGCAGGAGGAGCCCCAGGGCCAGGAGGGCUCAGCAGCUGGCUGCUUUGGGGAAACUCCAGCCUGGGGCCGGCUGAAUUGGGUUGAGGGCGACAACUGUAAGAACAAAAGGGCGGAGGGGACCGGUCUGGUGGCUGCUGCUGGUGUGAGGUCAGGAAGAAGCAAACCAGGAGAGCCAUCAGUUGGAAUAUGGCCUGGAGAUGGUGGUACAGAAUGAGGCUGAAGAGAUCACCUGUUGCAGGAUGCUGCUUCUUGCUUGCCUUGUCUGUGAUUGCUCUUACUAAUUACUCUCCAGCAUCUCUGAGCAGCUUCAAGCGGUCGAAUACCCAGUAUCUGCCUAUGGAUGACAAGACUGUCCAGCCCAAGGAUCUGUGGAUGAGCCUGACUACUUCUGUUGCCCAGCAACCAUGGCGCUUCAGCCACAGGAAAGGACCCAAUCCUCAGCAAAAGCAAAGCCCAUCAUGUUCCGACUCUGCUUGUAAGCAGAACAGCAAGCCCAACAACCAGGGCAGACAAAAAACAUUGCAAGCAAAGAGAAAGUACAAGAUGCAGAUUCAUAAACAAAAUCUUGCGGGGAAAAGUGCUGAACAGAGAAUAGGACUACAGCACCAAAGCUAUCUCCCCAACACUUUGCACAGAAAGAAAAGGGAGCUUGAUGGUUCAUUCAAAAAUGCAGGGAAUGAUCGUCACUUCCAUCCUGACACAAAGAAGGAGAAAGAGUGGAAACCACAGAAGGCCCCCACCUCCCUUUCACGCAAUGAUGGAAAGCGUGGAGCUAUUUUAUAUCCAAAGAACAAUCCUGCAAACCUUCUAGCUGUACCACAGGAGCAGUGCAAACCAGAUGUGCAGACAGCUGGCACUAAACACCAAUCCUCCAGUUUAAUCAAGGCUAUUAUCUCAGACAGGCAGUUCUUCCAGAACAUGACAGGCACUCUUGGAAUGAUGGAUAAUACUCCCUCUCAUACACCAGAAAGGCAUUUUUGGGCCAGAGGAACCAAGGAGCUACAGAAAUCGGAAUGGUGCAUACAGCCACAAGACAGAGGUCUUCCUAAAAAACAUGAGGGUGGACUGAGGUUUGGUGAGAAGAUCUUGCCUUGGUUUACGUUGGAUGAUGUGCAGAAGAUGAAGUUUCUCGCUAAUACUGCAGUUGUAAACAAAGCCAGAAUCCCUGCCCAUGGGCAAAUACUCAGAGUUGCCCUUUCAUCCAACCGAGAUGCCUUUUCACAUGACCUAAAACGGCACUGUUUGGAUGGGCUGUGUGGUUUAAUCAAAAGGUCCAGUGAUCUCUAUGAAGUUCUGGCUUUUCACUUGGACAGAGUGUUAGGACUGCAUCGGAGCCUGCCUAUGGUGGCCAGGAAGUUUAACAGUCACCUGCUGCCCUACAAAUAUACUAGUGGGGAAACUAGGCCCAUUGUAUGGUGGGCGCCUGAUAUACAGCACCUGAAUGAUUCCAACAAUGAUCAGAACUCCUUUGCUCUUGGGUGGGAGCAAUAUCAGGAGUUACUGAGGCAACGGUGUGGUAUGGAAGGUUCCAGAACUUCUCUUGGGAAAGUCCCAUGUCUAACUGUCCAUCAUUCAGAAUGGUCCAAGUUGGCGCUCUUUGACUUUCUUCUACAGGUUCAUGACCGCCUGGAUCGAUACUGCUGUGGCUUUCAGCCAGAUCCUUCUGAAUCCUGCGUUCAAGAACUGCUUCAUGAGAAAUGCCGAAACCCUUCUGAGCUGGCCUUGGUUCAUAUCUUGAUCCAGAGGAGCAAACCUUCUCAAUUAGUAUUUAUUGACAACGCAGGCAGGCCUCUUCACCCAGAAGAAAAACUCAACUUCAGGCUCCUGCAAGGCAUCGAUGGGUUUCCUGAGACAGCUGUCACUGUGCUCAGAUCUGGAUGCUUACAAAACCUCCUGCUGCAGUCGCUCUAUGUGGACGAAGAAUUCUGGGAGAGUCUGGGUGGGUCCGAGGGACUCAGGCCCUGGCUUCAGACCAUUGACAGAAGAGGCCAGAUUCUGCUACAGUAUAUUCAAAAGCACAACUUGACAGGCAUUAAAGAAUCAUGUCUUUAGGCUUCUGGCAAGGAAAGUGACAGGUUUCCCUGCUGUGAAAUGGAACGUUCAGCCAUGGGGCUAGACUCCUGUGAGACUUGCCAGCAAGCACACAGGCACUGGAAUACUAAUGUGACUUUUGUCAUAUGUAAAUUCAGAAAAUAAAAUUAAAACUAUUUUUUUAUAUGGCACUGGUGUGUGUGUGUGUGUGUGUGUGUGUGUGUGUGUGUGUGUGUGUGUGUGUGUGUGUGUGUGUGUGAAUUCAUGAGGCUGUCAUAUCAAUUUUUUUCUGAUUUCAUUAAGUGAUUUUUUUACUUUUUUAUAACCAGUUUUCUUAUUCCUGCUCAAGGCAAAUUACAAAAUACAGGCAGCUUAAGAUAUCAAACAAACAAUGUAAUUGUCACAAAAUUAGAAAACAAUGCAAAUAAAAAACAGUAUGAAGUGUAACAUACUAUAACAAUGCAGAGAAAAGAUUACUGUGUAGUAAGAGUAAGAAUACAUACAAUAAAUAGUGUAGUGGACUGAAA